UGAUAGAGGUAAACAGCACCCACCAAGGAACAGAAAAUAUCAGGAACUGGGAAGGACGAGUGGUUCAGGGAAGUGGGAGUGUCCAGAAUUAGGGGAAGGAAAUGUCACAGAACCCAGAGAACAGCCUGUAAAGGACUCGGCGUAUCAAAUGACACAUCAUACAUUGCAGAGGAUGGAGCCACAGAAACAGAAGUCUGGGUAUGUUUCCUACAAGAAACUUCAGCAGAGCAAUGGGGACAGAAGACAGAUGACAAAGGGUAGGAAGCGAGCAGUCAGAACAGCAGGCUCGGAAAAAGGUAACAUUCUUGCAGAAGGAAAGCUAUGUUAAAUCAAGACGCUUGCUGGAUAGAUCUUGAGAGACUUAUGAGGCACAACACGCUGAGACAAAGCAGGAUGCCAGGCGGGAUACCAGCGUGGACAAACCAGCUGUAAAAGGUAUCUGGGGGAGUGGAAGAUAUUUAGCCAUGGAGUCUUUCUCUGCUGAGACCAACUCAACUGACCUAUACUUAGAGCCUCAGUAUCAACCCCAAACUAUUCUUGCCAUGGCCAUUCUUGGCCUCACUUUCAUCCUGGGGUUGCCGGGCAACGGGCUGGUGCUGUGGGUGGCUGGCCUGAAGAUGCGGCGCACCGUAAACACAGUCUGGUUUCUCCACCUCACCCUGGCAGACUUCCUCUGCUGCCUCUCCCUGCCUCUCUCCAUGGCUCACUUGGCUCUCCAAGGGUACUGGCCCUAUGGCAACAUCCUCUGCAAGCUCAUCCCCUCCAUCAUCAUCCUCAACAUGUUUGCCAGCGUUUUCCUGCUGACUGCUAUUAGCCUGGACCGCUGUUUGCUGGUGCUCAAGCCAAUCUGGUGCCAGAACCAUCGCAGUGUGAGAACCGCCUGCGCUAUCUGUGGAUGCAUUUGGCUGGUGGCUUUUGUCCUGUGCACACCUGUGUUUAUGUACCGAGAAACGUCCACUGUGGACAGCCACACCGUGUGUACCUACAAUUUUGGCCCCAUGCCAUUCGACUAUUCGGGCGAAUAUGCCUACGACUCAGAUGCACUGGACCACGACACCCCUGACCCCACUAUCCAGCUGCCUGGAGAAAUGGAGCGUAGCUCGGAUCCUUCCGCUUUCCAAACGCAUCAUCACCCUUGGUCAGUCACCACCCUCGUUCAUUCUCCACCAUCUCAGCAACCUUCUGAAGAUUCAUUCCGCAUGGGCUCUACGAAAUUACCCAGUCAGCUUGAAUCCGCUGGUGUGGGCUCAGCCGCAGCCCUCUGUGGGCCUCCUGCGGAAGAGAACGGGACUAACACGUUGAAUAACUCUGCUCUUCUUUCCACUGAUUUAGACCUCUUCCCCUACGCGUCCCGAAAUUGCUUGUCCACACCUGAGCCAUCACAAGACUUUGAGGAUUAUUUAAACCCAUUUGCGUAUGAACAGCAAGUGCCAAUACCUUUGAUGGCCAUCACCUUCACAAGGCUAGUGGUGGGUUUCCUGCUGCCCACUAUCAUCAUGAUGGCCUGCUACGCCCUCAUCGUCUUCCGGAUGCGACGGAUCCGCAUUGUCAAGUCUCGGAACAAAGCUUUUCACCUGGCCGUGGUGGUGGUGACUGUCUUUCUUGUCUGCUGGACUCCAUACCAUGUUUUCGGAGUCCUCACACUGUUUACUGACGUGGGCAGUCCCUUGGGGGAAGCUCUGCUGUCCUGGGACUGUGUGUCCAUUGCUCUUGCAUCUGCCAAUAGCUGCUUCAACCCUUUCCUUUACGCCCUGUUGGGGAGAGAUCUUAGAAGGCAAGCGCGACAGUCCAUGAAGGGCAUUCUGGAAGCAGCCUUCACAGAGGACGUCACAAAGUCUACUAGUUGUACCCAAACCAAAGCCUUUUCAGAAAAAGACAGCUUCAGUACCAAUGUGUAAAAAUGCAGAGCUGACCUAAAAUGUUCCGAGGUAAAUAUAUAUAUAGAAGAAGGAGGGAUAUGGUAAUCAGAAACUAGUCAUCAAUCCAGGUGUUCUCAGCCAAGGAUUUAGCUCAGGGGCACAGCGCCUGCCUGGCGAGACCAAGGUCCUGAGUUCGAUUCCCAACACCAAAAAAAAAAAAAAAAUUCAGUUGUUCUCACAGUGUGGGCCUGGACUACAGGCAUUAACCUGACCUGGAAAAUGUUAGAAAUGCAAAAGCUCCAUCCCAGCCUUGCUAAAUAAAAACCUCUGGCUACUGGGACCUAAGUGUUUAAGGGGCCCUGUUGGUUUUAGUUAAAGUGUGAUAUUUCCACAUAUGCAUCCAGCAUACACUGAUCAAACCCAACCCCUGACCUUGCCCCAAACUCCAGUAAUCACUGUUCUAUUUUGAGGGGUGCUGUUUUCAACUUCCACAUCUAGGAAAAUAUGCAGUACUUCUCUUUCUGUAUCUGGUUUGUUUCACUAAACAUAACCCCAUCUGUUUUCCUGCAAAUGAUAGGAUUUCAUUCUUCUCCAUAGAUGAGUAAUACUCGUGGUUUGUAUUUAGCACACUUUCUCUGUUCAUCUGUUGAUGGCCACUUAGGCUGAUUCCAUACCUCAGCUACUGUAAAUAGUGUCCCAAUAAACUUCCCUUGAUUUGUAAAAUA